AUGGGAAAGUUCUAUGGUCAUAUAUACCCAGGGCUAUAUCUUUUUUCUUAUGGGCUGCAUCAGGCAACAGUGGUCUUUAAGACUAUGAUAGUCGGGGACUCUCUCCUGAAUUCUUCAUGUUCUCCCAGGAUUAAGGGAAGAUGGGCCAGGCUGUGGGAAAUAUCCUAUGGAGGUUGGGUGAAGGUGGUGACUGGCUCCAUCUUAACAGUUUACGUGGUCUUCUGUCUUGAUGAUGGGAUGGUAUUGAUGAACAGGAACAUGCCACCGAGAUUUAUGUACCCCAAAGAGUGGCAGCACCUCACCAUGUUCAUCCUCCUCACCCUCAGUGGCUGUGCAGAUGUCACCAGCAAGAACCUGCUGCCUCGGAGGCAUGUGCUCCUAGAAAAAGGUACCCUGGUGCUGACCUUCUACGUGCUCCUGAUGCUGCUCGUGUCACAUGUUCAAGAUUCGACCGGGGUGGAGCUGCAGGUGCACUGUCUACUCAUCUUGGUGGUGUUCCUGCUGAUGCUGGUGUUGACCAUAGACCUGUGGGCACCCAACGCGUUUCCUCUCUCGCUGAUCGAGAUCUUUCUGUUUCUGAUGAUGGGCACCUGGCUGGUGCAGGCCGGUUUUAUUCUGUAUAGACCAGUCACUGGCUAUCCAUGGCAGGAUGAUGACAUCAGUGACAUCAUGUUUGUCACCACCUUCUUCUGCUGGCACAUGAUGGUCAAUGCUUUGUGCCUGUUGGCAAUCUAUGGCAUCUCUUCCUUUUGGCACCGUCGUUACAGUCCCAACUCAAAGCCCACCAGGUCCAAAGAAGCGCCGUAUCACGCGAGCACCGAAGGGCCCGUCUACACAUUGCUGCCGGAAGUGGAGCACGCAGAGGACGACCAGGCCUGUCUCCUGCCCGAGAGCUCACUCUGA